GGUUUGCACCUUGACGACGGUUCCUAACGUCGGCGUUGCGUUUCAUUGACGGUUAAUGGAGCUGGUGGUGGUUUAAGCUCCUUUGGUGAAAUAACUGGGGGAAAAAACUAUUUCUCCUGCCUGUUGCAGCAGUGCAGGUCGUCUCUGGCGGAUCAGUGUAUCUGAUGAUCAUUUGCCUGUGAAUCCUUCCGGGCCGGGUGCACCUCCAGCAGCCGGCUGCGCUGCCGUGUCAGAGGCAGAGGACCCGACCAUCUGAAACGAGGAGGGGGUAGUCAGCUAAGCUGCUUACAGCACAACAGAAAGGCCUGCGGUUGAAGUGUUGCGAAUAACGACUUCAUGACAUCAGCGAAACAUGGCAUGUAAGAAGAGAGCUUGUUCGGAACAGCUGGCUUCGCCCUAACUGCAUCAAACCCGCUGAAGGGAUGUUUACCCUAACAGAAGUAGCCUCUCUGAAUGACAUCCAGCCCACUUAUAGAAUCUUGAAACCAUGGUGGGAUGUCUUCAUGGAUUAUCUCGGUAUUGUCAUGCUGAUGUUGGCCAUAUUUUCUGGAACCAUGCAGUUAACUAAGGACCAAGUGGUUUGUCUUCCCAUCUUGGAACAAUCUCCAGAGAUGGCUGGCGGCUUCUUGGGAACCCAACCGCCAGAGCCUGUUGAUGGUUUAUGGAACAAAGAGAGUGCGAUUGGGGAGCAAGCUGCUCCUCUCAUGGCAAAAAGGCCUCCAGACAGCAUUGUCCCCACAAUUCAAUUCACACAGCCACCUGCUCAUGGGCAGCCUCAGCCCACAGGAGUCAGGACCAAGCUGGAUUUUCAGCAGUACGUUUUUGUCAACCAGAUGUGCUACCACGUUGCUCUUCCUUGGUAUUCCAAGUAUUUCCCAUACCUUGCGCUUAUUCACACUAUUGUACUGAUGGUCAGUAGCAACUUCUGGUUCAAAUACCCAAAGACAAGUUCAAAAAUAGAACACUUUGUUUCCAUACUAGGGAAAUGUUUUGAGUCACCCUGGACUACCAAAGCACUGUCUGAGACUGCGUGUGAGGACUCGGAGGAGAACAAGCAAAGACUGGCCGGUGCCUCCUCCCUCCUGAAACAUCUCUCCAUGAGCAGUGAGGAUGGCAGUCCGAACCAGUCUGCUCCAGUGUUGACCAAAACUGGAGUCGCCUUUUCAGCUGAAAAGCUUGUGAGUGAAAUUCCGUCCAUGACCAUACUGGACAAGAAAGAUGGCGAGCAAGCGAAGGCCUUAUUUGAGAAAGUUCGGAAAUUUCGUGCCCAUGUGGAGGACAGUGAUUUGAUCUACAGGCUGUAUGCCAUUCAGACGGUCAUCAAAACUGUGAAAUUUAUUUUGAUUUUGUGUUACACGAUGACAUUUGUGGCAUCUAUAGACUUUGACCAUGUCUGUGAACCUGAAAUAAAACAUUUAACUGGGUAUGCUAAAUUCCAGUGCACACAUAACAUGGCUUUCAUGUUAAAGAAACUCCUUGUCUGUUAUAUUGCUCUCAUAUGUGUUUAUGGCAUUAUCUGCAUAUACACAUUGUUCUGGCUUUUUCGGCGACCACUCAAGGAGUAUUCCUUUGAAAAAGUCAGAGAGGAGAGCAGCUUCAGUGAUAUUCCCGAUGUCAAGAACGACUUUGCAUUCCUCCUCCAUAUGGUCGAUCAGUAUGACCAACUGUAUUCAAAGCGUUUUGGUGUUUUUCUCUCUGAAGUGAGUGAGAACAAACUUCGGGAGAUCAGCCUGAAUCACGAAUGGACCUUUGAGAAGUUGCGACAGCAUGUAACUCGAAAUCCUCAAGACAAGUUGGAACUUCAUCUCUUCAUGCUGUCUGGAGUGCCAGAUGCCGUGUUCGAUCUUACUGACUUGGAAAUCCUGAAAUUAGAAUUGAUUCCAGAGGCCAGAAUAACAGCUAAAAUCUCACAAAUGAUCAACCUGCAGGAGCUGCACUUCUACCACUGCCCUGCCAAAGUUGAGCAGACUGCUUUCAUUUUUCUCUGUGAUCACCUUCGGUGCCUUCAUGUCAAAUUCACAGAUGUUGCAGAGAUUCCUAGCUGGGUAUACCUGCUGAAAAAUUUACGUGAACUGUACUUGAUUGGCAAUCUGAACUCCGAAAACAACAAGCUGAUUGGACUAGAAUCUCUGCGAGAUCUCAGGCACUUAAAGAUUUUACAUCUCAAAAGCAACCUCACAAAGAUCCCAACAAAUAUAACGGACCUGUCCCCGCAUCUUAUCAGACUGGUGAUUCACAACGACGGCACAAAGCUCUUAGUGCUGAACAGUUUGAAGAAAAUGAUGAAUCUCGCAGAACUAGAGCUUCAUAACUGUGAGCUGGAGCGAAUACCCCAUGCUAUCUUCAGUUUGAACAACCUUCAGGAACUUGACUUUAAGUCCAACAACAUCCGUACCAUUGAAGAGGUCAUCAGCUUUCAGCACCUUAAAAGACUCACAUGCCUCAAACUUUGGUACAAUAAGAUCAUCACCAUUCCACUGUCAAUCAGUCAUGUCAAAAACCUAGAGUCCCUCUUUCUCUCACACAACAAGUUGGAAUCUCUACCCUCACCAUUGUUCACCCUUCUCAAGUUGCGGUACCUUGAUGUUAGCCAUAACUCCAUAGCGGUAAUACCACUGGAGGUGGGUUUCCUACAGAAUCUCCAACAUUUUGCUAUUACAGGCAACAAAGUAGAGAUAGUUCCCAAACAAAUGUUCAAAUGCAACAAGCUAAGGACAUUAUGUCUCGGCCACAACUGCAUCACCUCCAUUCCUGAGAAAAUUGGCAACCUCUCACAGCUCACACACCUGGAACUGAAGGGAAACUGUCUGGAUCGUCUCCCCGCUCAGCUCGGUCAGUGUACCCUUCUUCGCAGGAGUUGUCUAGUGGUGGAGGAUCACCUCUUUGACUCACUACCCAUAGAAGUCAAAGAAAACAUGAAUCAGGAAGCCAGUGUUUCAUUUGCAAAUGGGUGUAAAUGUCUAAGUGAUGGACGGUAGGAACAUUUUAAGUCUUUUUGAGAGCACCACAAGUAGAAAUUGUAGAUCAGGAUCAAGUACACUUUGCAAUCUUUUGCAGAUUUGCACAACACAUCCAAUCUUGGUAUGAUGGAGAAACUUAGUUUAACCACAGACAAUAUUAUAGCUUGUGUCACGUCCAGAUUUUUUCCUUUUCACUUUGUAUUUUGUUCAUGUGAGCAUGUUGUAGAGCUUGAAACACUCCUAUUUCUUUGUCUUUUGUGCACACAAAUAUCUGUAGUGAAUCAAAAGGAAUUAUAACCUUGAAACUGCUUGUUUUUGUGUUGUUGUUUUUUAUUGCUAUUUAUCAUGUGUCUUCAGGUUAAUGCAGAAGGCCAUAUACAUUUAGAAAAAGUAAGGAAAUUUGUGUUUAAAUAUUCCUUUGUCGCUUUUGGGCAAUAAAUCUUAUAUUGUUGGAAAAAUCUUUAUUUCAGUUUUUAAAUGAUUUGUAUAAAAAGUGGGAUGAGCAGCAAAGUUGAGUAUGUGGGUUGCUGUGAUGAAAAAUUUGCCAAAUCUUUUCUGCCAGUGCCAAACAGCUUAUUCUGCCACUGACUUUUUUUAGUGUCGGAUUAGAUUAUUAAAGUCUGAAGAAACAAAGACAAUUGACAGUUUAACAAUUUAUUUAUUUAACAAACAGGGACCUGAGCAGCAAGUAGAAUCUUAAAUAAAUAAUCCACUAAACACAAAAUUCCAUACUUUUUGUGCUGACUUUAUAAAGCUACAGUUAGAAGACGCUUAGCUUAGCAAUAGCUUGUAUUCAUGGGAAAGUUGCUUGUCAACAAGAAAAAAAUUAAUACCAACAUAUUUUUUUUUU